GAAGGGUUUGGAGUAAGACAUCUCUCUUUUGCAGUCCAACAACAAUUGAUGGCCACACUCUCCUCCAAUUCUUAUCUUCUCUUCUGAGCUAAUUUUACACUUUUUCACUUGUUUCCACAAACACUUUUUUAUGUUCUACAAUUACUUAUUACAAAUCCUUUUUCUUUCUUUUUUUUUUUCUUUUUUUUUUUUUUCUUUUUCAUCGCUGGUGCUACUGCUACCUGCUGCUGAUCUAUCGGCGAUGUAGAUCUUCUUCAUCAACACAAGUCCUAGAGAGAGAGAGAAAACGGCGCAUAAUAUGGAAUUUGAGGAGCACGAAGAGCAAGAAGAAGAAAUGGGCAUGCCGGUUCCACCGGCUUACGACUCCCUUACCAACUCAGUUCGUCCCAACACGGACCCCACGGCAAGCGGAGAAGGCGCAUCAACAACCAGAAAAACGGGAAUCUCAAUCAGAUAUCGAGAGUGUCAAAAGAACCACGCGGUGAACAUCGGUGGCCACGCGGUUGAUGGUUGUUGUGAGUUCAUGGCAGCUGGCGAGGAUGGCACUAUCGACGCUCUAAAAUGUGCCGCGUGUAACUGCCAUCGCAAUUUCCACCGAAAAGAAACUGACGGUGAAAAUACUGGAGUCUUAUAUCACCACCCACACCAUCCCCAAUUCUCCCCCUACUAUCGUGCGCCUCCACCACCCGCUGGAUAUUUGCAUCUAACGGCACCAAGACCGUUAGCUUUACCAUCAGCCUCAGGCGGUGGUGGUUACAAUAGGGAGGAUGAAGAUGUGUCAAAUCCAAGUAGCAGUGGUGGGGGCAGUGGUGGACUAAAAAAGAGGUUUAGAACAAAGUUUACACCUGAACAGAAGGAAAAGAUGCUAGGGUUUGCGGAGCGGCUCGGCUGGCGAAUUCAAAAGCACGAUGAGGCUUCUGUGGAACAAUUCUGUGCUGAGACUGGUGUGAGGAGGCAUGUGCUUAAGGUUUGGAUGCAUAACAAAAAGCACACACUUGGUAAGAAACCCUAAUUUCUAGAGGGAGAAAAACUAUGGGGAUGAAGAAAAUUGUAUUGUUAAUUUAUUAGUGAUAUAUGAUUAGGUUUCUUACCCUCUUUCUUUUUCUUUCAAUUUCAAUUUCAAUUUCAAUUUCAAUUUGGUUUCAAUUUAUUUUGUUUUAGUUUCUUUUCGAAUGGUGAGUGUAGGAUGGAUCAUUAUAACAUGGUGUUGCUUAGUACAUUGUUGCUGACAAUGGCCACCAUUGCUCAAAUCGUAGCUUUCUUUUUUUCUUGUCUUUGAUUUGAAAAACCUAAUCUAAUUCUCCAGGUAGUAGUGUUUUGAUAUAACUCUGCACAACUGCAAAGAGACGAUAAAAAAUGAAGAGAUGGAAUUAGAUGAAUAAUUUAGAAUGGGGUUGAAAUUUGUAUGAUGUUCAUGUGAUGGUGAUGAAAGAACAAAGAUCGAGAGAGUUCGAAAUCAAACGUGGUUAGCAUGCAAAGUUGAAAUCUUUAGUGUCCAUCCACAUCUGUCAUAUUCUCCUUCUUUCUCUCCUCCAUCUCGCCGCUUAAGGUUUAUUAAGUCAUUAUAUUUUGUUCUCUCUCAUAUUAACUUCUUUCAACUAAUUCCAUUUUGGAUUCUGAAACUCUAGAGAGUUCGAGUUGAAUAAAGCUCGAAAAAAACCCACCGAAAAGAGUUUUGACAACUGUUUAAGAAAGAGGUGAUGAGAUGAGGUGGAGAUAGAUAUGCAAAUGGCUGGAACUCAAUUAUGGUAUUCACACUCAUUCUUCCUCCUCCAUUAAUUGCCUUCUUUCUGCAAUAUCUAUCUCUCUAUCUUAAUUUCUGUGUGACUCUUAUGUACUCAUCUGUCACAAUUACUGAAUU